GCUGGAACCCCCAUUCCCUAUACUACUAAAGAUUGACUAUAAACUUCGUGAGGAAUUUCAAACAAUUAAUCAAUUUUCAUUUAACAACGCAUUUUAGGAAAACUGCAGCUACAGGGAUGUUGUGCAUGGAUACAACAUACAUCUUAGAUAAAUACAAUAUAUAUAUUUUUACAUAUUUGCAGCUAUUUCAAAAAAUGUCGAAUACUGCAUACUGAAUAGUGUAUAGAGACUCAUGUCAUUAAUUGUGGCAGUCUUUUGGAAGCCAAGUUCAGGUUAAACGUACAUGCUUCAAUUAGUAUCUACUGAUUCUAUGUUCAGUUCAACAAAACCAAAAUCUAGAAAGCGAAGGACUGGUUGUUUGGUCCGCUUGAUUCUAUGGAUGCAUCUUCCUCUCGUAAAAUGCCAAAAAUUCCUUGAAAAAGUUGGCAUGGCGAUUGCACGAAAUCCUGGGUCAGCGGUACUUAUACCUUUUUCAUUAAUGGCGAUGAGCACCCUUGGAUUUCUGCUCAUGCAGCAAGCAAACCCAUCCUACAGUCUUUUCUAUCCUACUGAAUCCCAAUCCGAACAAGAUUUGAACAUUGUAAAACAACACUUUCCUUUCGAGAAAACCAGAAAGGAAGAACUCAUUUUUACGCCGAUGAAAGGAUCCAAUAUUCUGAAUGAAAACUGUCUGUUGGACGCGUUGAAAAUUCACAAUACGAUUAUCAAUAUUACAGGAUUCAAAAGCCUUUGCGCUAAGAGUCAAGAUAACAGAAACAAUACCCAAAGUAUUUGCAUGAUGAGAAACGUUCUCGAAUUGUUUGACUUUAAUCCUGAUAUGAUAAAAAAUUAUUCCAGUGUACUUAUCGACCAGUGGAAUGGCAGAUCAAAGUUACUUUCCAACGGACGAACAUUACCCUUCGACAAAAAUAAGAUAUUCGGCGAGUUUAAAAUAAAUUCUGACCCCGGUAUUGGUGGUCCACCUGCGGUCUUUGCAACCGCGAUAAAAAUAACGUAUUUCUUACACCAGCCACAGGGUUCGGCAGACAAAAAUCAAAUUCAGAACUGGGAGAGGAAGCUUAUUUUAAAAGUAAAGUCAAUGCAAAAAGAAAUGUCCUGUGUGAACUUGUACGUCGCAACAGAUACCGAUAUCUACGGCUACGGAUAUCAGCUUUUCGCUCCUCGUGUCCUACCUCUUAUUAUUUGCUUUCCUUCUCUCAUCAUUUUGACCUUUAUAUUGACUAAGCUAUCGACCUCUACAACGGGAAGCAUGUAUAUGUUUUUUUUGAGUGUUCUGUGCACUGGACUGUGUUUACUAAGCGCUGUUUCUAUAGGGUUUCUAUUCAGUGUGGCUUUCUCAAAUGCAACCACCAUAAUACUUGUUUUCCUCGUCGGCAAAGGUUUAAGUGACGGACUGAUGCUUAUUCAAGAAUUAGAAUACCAAAGAAAGGUUCCGUCAUUAAUGCAUCGUGUGGCUGGAUGUCUGACUAAGAUUGGUCUCAUCCUUACCACUACAGCUAUCUUUGAUGCUGUGGUGUUAGGAUUUGUAGUCAUGACAAAUUUCCGCGGCAUAAUGUAUGCUUAUGCUCUUGCACUGAUUGCUACUGCUGUGGCCUAUUUUUUAUGUACGAGCUUUCUCGUAGGCCUUUAUGUGCUGUGUUUAAAGAGAUGCCCAGACUUUCUUAAUGUCAGGCAGUGCUGCUCCGGUGCUUCCUGUAAUGAAGAAAUAGAGCCCUCAAUAAAUGACACCGAUAUCCAGAGCCUGGCAAGACCCCGGAAAGGAAGGCUCACAAGGUCCAUGGAGAUAUACGCGAGAGCUUUAGUGAAGACUCAUUUUCUAGUCAUUGUCAUCAUUUUCAGCGUUGUUAUAAUUGCAGGCUGUAUUUAUAUCCACCAAAAAACGGGGCCAUUAAAGUAUCAAGAUAACGCUUUCAUAGUUCACUCUGCGCAUGUUUCUCGUUUUAAAGCCGUUGAAGCAAACCACUUUAAAGAAACAGACAUUAACGUUAUCCUCAAUGGCCAUAUCGAUUACGGAAAGGUUUCCAUUCAAGAUGACAUAAUCAAAAUUUCAAACCAGCUGAGUGGCAAAUACUACAGCAGGAGAAACGUUACUAACUGGCUAUCACAUCUGCUGUCAUGGGCUUCAAAGGAACACGCCCCUUGCAAAGAGGACCAGUUUCGAUCCUGCCUCCACAAAUUUUUAGCGACUUCUAAAAACGCCGUCUUUCGAAAUGAUAUAAUAUACGCAAACACUACCAAAACAGAAGGAGAAUCAAUUUUAAUCUCUCGUUUCCACUUGUUCAUGGAGCUCGAUGGCAAAUUUGAGAAUGACAAACAGAAAGUUGCUGCAUUACGUAAGGAUUUAGACUCUAUUGAUGAAUACGACCUAAUAGCUGGUUCUAGUCAUUUCUCACUAAUUGACAUGAUAUCGAAAUUCCAAGACGAAUGUACCAAAAUUCUAGUGGUGGUAGCCUUAGCCAUAUUUUUAUGCUCUCAACCACUUACCGCAAGUAUACGUCUGGGAAUACUCCAGGUGAUGUCUUUCAUUCUUCACGUAGUAGAAAUGGUAGUACUCAUACAGCUUUGGGACGUCCCUUUGAAUCCAGUCACCUUUACCUGUUUGUUUAUUGGCUUGAUUUGGUCUCUUCACUUUAACAUCCAAAUCCUACAAGUGCGCGCAGUAUCUACAGAGCAAACGACAAGAGAAAGAACAGUGGCGUCCUUGUCUUCAAUUGGUCCAAGUAUCGUUUGUGGAGUUUUGAUUUCAUGUGCUUGUUCUAUUUCUCUUGCCUUUGUUUUACCACACUUGGAUAAGAUAUUUCUAUAUGUGAUUCCAUUAUUAUUUGUAUUCGUGCUCUUUCAUACCUUAGCACUUUUACCAACAAUUAUGCUGCUAUCUAGCAAGCCAGUCGAGAAGUGUACCGAAGCGAUGACACUUGAAGAGUGGUUUGAUUUAACGCAGCUUACGAAAUCUGAAGAUCAAACAGUGCUAGAAAACAACAACCACUUGGAAAACGAAAAUAAGAUUUCUAGCACACAAAAUGUUAAGCCAACAGUGUCAGUCAUUGGCAUAAGCUGUAGGUUUCCACAAGCAAAAAACAAAGAGAAAUUCUGGGAAAUGCUUUCAAAGGGUCAUUGCGGCGUAACCGAGUUUCCUUCUAAUCGACCAGAAGAGUAUAAAAUGUUUCAUUCGUUGUAUCAUCCCAAGCGCUUUGUCAAAGGAAGACUCUGCACCGUUGGUGGGGCUUUCCUGGAAGACAUACGAGGAUUUGAUGCCGAAUUCUUCAAGAUUUCACCACAAGAAGCUCCUGCUAUGGAUCCUCAGCAACGGAUACUUCUUCAUGUCGUCUACGAAGCAAUUGAAGAUGCUGGGCUUCGAUUAGAAGACCUACAAAAAGGCAAAACAGGAGUUUUUGUAGGAAUAAUGAACCUGGAUUACGCUGCAAGAGUAAUGCAGCGGGAUAAUUGCUAUAACAUGGAUCAGUUUUAUUCAACUGGCACAACAUCAUCCAUUGCAGCAAAUCGAAUUUCCUUUUCCUUGAAUCUGACUGGGCCAAGUCUUGCUGUGGACACAGCAUGCUCAUCUUCUCUUACAGCACUUAGGAUUGCUCAAGAUUGUCUUAUCAACGGCCAGUGUGACGUAGCAAUCGUCUGUGCUCCUAACAUUAUUCUAGAUCCUGCAGUACAGAUGACAUUUAGUAUUGGUGGUCUUCUUGCUCCAGAUGGCCGUUGCAAGUGUUUUGACGCUUCUGCCGAUGGUUAUGGACGAGGCGAAGGCUUCGUGGCUGUUAUUCUAAAGGUUACACAGAUUUCAUUAGCUGAUAAUGAUGACAUUUACUGCGAGAUUUUAGCUUCUGGUAUGAACAACGACGGACAAAAUGCCGUUCCAAUUACUGCUCCAAGCCCUAAAACGCAGGCAGAACUAUCAAAGUCAGUUCUCGAAGAGACUGGACUUGAUGCAGCUGACAUCGAGUACGUCGAAGCCCAUGGGACUGGAACCGCUAUUGGAGACUUCGUAGAAGCGUCCUCUAUAGCCAGCACAUACUGUGACAAGAAUACUAUAAGCCAAAGAAUUCUUCGCGUUGGAUCGGUCAAGUCAAACCUUAACCAUACAGAGUCCGCAUCAGGGCUAGCAGGGCUUAUUAAAGUGUCAUUGAUGAUCAAGAGGGGUAUGUUUCUUCCAACCAUUAACAUCAAAAACUUGAAUCCAAGACUUAAGCUCACUGACAAAGGAAUGAUAGUUCAGGAGGCUCUAGAAGAAUGGAAAACGGCCCAAGGAAAACGUCGGACAGCCGCUCUGAGUUCUUACGGUUACGGGGGGUCGAAUGUGCAUGCCAUACUUAGAGAAGUUUUACAAGAAAAGAAGCCAAAACAAACCACUUGUGAUCAGAUAACCAAAGAUUGUUUUAUCUUGACUUUAUCAGCCCCAUCUGAAGAUGGCCUUGUGAACGUUGUAAAGCACUUUGAGCCCUGGUUGAGAGAACAGCCAGAAACAAGCGAAUUCAAGCUCAACUUGUCUUAUUCGCUCAUUGAAAGGCGAAGCCAUCAUGAACAACGCCUGGCUGUUGUAUUCAACACUCUUUCCGAUGCUGCAGACUCGCUUUGUUCGUUUGCAAAUAAAACCUUAAGAAAGGAAUCACAUAUUAUCUCUGGAGCUGCAAACAACAAUAGCCAAAACCUCUUGUUCGUAUUUGGAGGACAAGGUACCAACUGGAGUGGUAUGGGAAGAGAAGUGAUGCAUUCAGAGCCAAUAUUCAAUGAAGCCAUUGUUAAAAUUGACAAAAUUGUCAAGGAUGCUGGAGAAAAGUGGUCGUUAAUCGAAGAGCUCUCCUUGAACGAGAAAGAGACAAGAGUGAAGGGUACCAUAGUUGGGGAGGUUGCCACCUUUGCCAUUCAAUAUGCUACCUCAAAGCUACUUGAGUCGUGGGGAAUCCUACCGUCAGCUGUAGUGGGACACAGCCUCGGAGAGGUGGCUGCAGCCUGCGUAGCAGGAGCCCUUACGUUGGAGGCGGCAGUGAAAAUUGUCUUGGUGCGAUCGAAGUGUCAUGAGAGGUGUUCAACGAAAGGUUCAAUGGCUGCAGUUGGACUAUCACAGGAUGAAACUCAGGAACUGAUAAUAAAGCUGAAACUGGAGAACAUAGUUUGUGUUGCUGCAGUGAAUGACUAUGAAAAUGUUACCAUUUCUGGCGAUGCUGAUGCUGUAGAAAGUAUUGGAAACCAUCUUAAACUUAAUCAUCCUAGCGUGUUUUGGAAGAAGCUGUCAACUCUUCGAGCUUUUCACAGCUACCAAAUUGACGCCAUCAAGAAAAUAUUCGUUGAAGACAUUAAAAGCUUAAAAAUCAAGCCGAGAACGCUACGGAUACCUAUGUACUCCACUGUACAUGGUGAUCAAGUACUAGGCAAACAGAUUGACGAGGAAUAUUGGUGGAACAAUAUGAGAAAACCUGUUGUCUUCUAUCAUGCCAUGAAAAACGCUCUCAAAGAUGGUUUGAAGAUGGUAAUUGAAAUCAGUCCCCAGACAGCUCUGAGACAUUACAUUCACAAUAUCUCAGUGAGAGUAACUGCGUCCUCCAACAGUCCUGUCAUACACUUUGGGGCGUUUCCAAAAAAGUCAGUAAAAGACCAGCUUGCAGAGUUUUUGAAGAAUACGAUUUGUAAACUCUACGUCUUUGGCUAUCCCGUUCUUUGGUCCAGCUUCCUCGGGCAAGAACCUCGACAAUUUGUGCGAUUUCCCACAUACCCCUGGCAGGAGAAACGUUUUUGGUACAGAAAUAAUCCUCCUUCAAACACCGUUCGUUCUUUAGAACCCACCAACGACGUUCAUCCGAGACAUCCUUUUUUAGCUGAGGUCAGAAUUACGGAGCAAUUUUCUGGUAUUCAAUGCUGGGAAACAGAGAUUGAUCUUCACAGGUUUCCCACGUUUAAAGACCACGUUAUCAUUCAAGGAGGGCCAGUACUUCCUGGAUCAUCAUUUGUCGAGAUGGCCAUUGCAAUGGCCUACGAAAGGUUCCAUUGUUCUGAAGGCUUACAAAUCACAAAUGUACGCUUCACAAACCUGCUCACACUACCAGAGAGCCAAGUACGUCUGCUGAGACUUAGACUGGAGACGAAUGACAGUACUACAGAAGCAAACUUUUCUGUUGUCAGUGUACAUCCUGAAGACGGCACAGAAAUGGUGCUAGCAACUGGAGGGAUUGUUGCUGACUCUUCUGCAAACUAUCCUGAUUGUUUGAGCAGAGCAGGUCAGUCAUCAAAUCCUGAAGCGCUAACAGAACAAACCCUCGAUCCUGCACUCCAGAAGAUAAUAUCGUCUAUGGAUGAGGUCCCACUUUCCACAAUCCGACAUGUGACAGAGAAAUUUGGCUUUGACUUUGGCCCUUGUUAUUCACUACUUAGAAGAGUUUGGCGCCAAGGGGACCGGGCAUUGUGCGUGCUGGAAAUGGAUGGUCCAUUUGCUUCCGAGAUACCCAUGUAUGUGAUACAUCCAGCGUUUGUCGAUGCAUGCUUCCAGACUGCAGUUGCAGUUGAAGAUGACGAACCGGACCAAGAAACAAAAAGUAUUUCGGUUCCAAUCGGAGUGCAGAAUUUUACCGUGAUUGAUUCAAGGAUCCCCAAAACCACAUAUUGUCACGUGGCUAAAAGUGAGUCUGGGAACAUCACCACUUAUGACAUGAGGCUGGUUGAUGCUUUUGGAAAAGUUUAUGUCACUAUCGAAAAGUUUCAAUCCACCGACAUCACAAAUCUUGUCAGGUCACCUAAACUAUGCGACGUGUGCUAUCAAACCGAAUGGAUUGCCUCAGAAUUAAGAGAGACUGGGAGCUUCCUUGAUUUUUCGAAAUGCCUUAUUGUGGUGUUAAAUGAUAAUCAUGGCAUUGCGAGUUCAUUUGCGAAGAAGUUUACGACGAGUGUUACAGCCAAGGUCGUACCGAUUGAGUUACCUGAAGAUACCAAAAUCCAAGCAUUGGCUGACAUUUUGCGAGCAGCUUUGCCAGCCCCAGACGACACGUUCUUCUCUAAGCUGAUCGUCAUAAACUUUACGCCACUACAAGUCAACUCAAAUCUUUCAAAUAUUGAGAGCAUCGACAAGAGUCAAGAACUUGCAUUCAUGAACUCUGUGGAGGUCCUGAAGAUCCUCGUGGAAGUUCAGAGCCAGUUGCCAAACAUUAAUUCCUGUCAAUUUGUCGCUGUCAGUUGCUGUGCUCAGAUAAUCACCGGCAUGGAAGACACAUCAUUACCUUCGGGGUCCACAGUUUGGGGUUUGUGCAGAACGGCAUCCCUCGAAAUUCCUAAACUCAGAACAACUAUUAUUGACCUCUGCAAAGCGAACGACACAGAAUUAGAUCUCCUUGUAGAAGAGAUCAAGAACAAUGGAGCAGAGGAUGAAAUAGCAUUCAGAGAUGGAAAAAGACUUGUCAACCGUCUCACAAGAAUCAAAUCUGAAACUCAAGUUGUAAGUGAAGAUUUGCCUCAAACGCUUAAAGUCGAUGCCAGUCUGGUAUAUGCAUUACUUCAUCCAAGCAAAGAGAAGAUUUGUCUAAAAUAUGGCACUAGAAGUUGUCCCGUAAAUGAAGAUGAAUUAGAAAUUGCAGUGAGUCAUUUCUGGAUUCCACCGAACAUCGAAGGCCGUCUGAAAAGUGGAAGCGAGUAUUUUGGAUUUUCAGGUCAAAUCAUCAACUCAGGAUUGAAAACUGGGGAGUUUGUUUUUGGAGCCUCACAACAGCAGCGGCUUAGCAACAUCCUUCAAGUCAACCAGUCCGAGGUUAUCCCAAAACCUGAACAUUUACAAUUGAGCCCACAACAAGCUGCAACUUUGCCCAGCUGUCUAACCCUAGCACAUUAUGCGCUUCAACAAGCAACAAUCGGCGCGAAAGUGGGUGGAACAAUUAUUAUCAACGAAGCUAAUCGGGAUCUGGGCAUUGCAGGUUUGCUUGUAGCUCGAGCAUUAGGAUUUUCGGUGUUCUCUACGUCUUCAGAGCCACGACUAGAGGUUUCAAAACGUCUUCUAGAGAAAUAUGGAGCCGUUGUAGUGACUGAUUCACAAUAUGCAGAAUUUCCAAGACAAUAUUCAAGUACAGUAGAAGCUUCCAUCUUCUUCUACAAGCCUCAACCAAACAGCAUACGAAAGAGCUGUAACCUUCUGAGACCAGGAGGCAAAAUUGUAAUGCUUGGAGAAACAUUCCAUGGCAACGUGAUGAUCCCCUCGGAUAAAUGCAUUUCGUAUCAGAGGAUAUCCUACAAUGACAUACUGCAGCCUCUAGGGAAAUUCAAAGAAAUGUGGUCUAACUGCUUGAAGUUAUUGCAGAGUUCAGGUAUCGAAAAGCAGGUCCUUGGUAUUGAACAGGAAGAAACUAGCGUCUUUGAUAUCUUAGGAGUUAGCUUGGAUCAAGGUGCAGAGAGCAAAAAAAGUUUUGCUAAACCAGAAACUGCAAGCGCAGAUACCAUAUGUAAUCUCAUCACUGAUUUCCUAUCAGACGAAAUAAGUUCUACUAGGAGUGAGCUGAAUCCGACUGUGUCAAUGAACAUGUCGUUUUCCUCCUUUACGUUUAUCGAAAAGGAAAAGAAACCAAACAACGCACAGGUGUUGCCAGUUGGCUUCGAUCAAUAUGGGCUGAAGCGUAAUCGUACUUACAUGGUUGUUGGGGGAGUAAGAGGGUUUGGUUUUGAGGUUGCACGCUGGAUGGCACAGAAAGGAGCUGGCACCAUUGUCCUUGUAGCUCGAUCCGUCCCUUCGAGUUCAAAACUGCAGGAAGUUUCUUUACUAGAAAAAGAAACUGGCGCAAAAAUAAAGAUUUUCCAAGCUGAUGCGUCCAGUGUUGAGCAAAUGCAGGCUCUUUAUGCAGAUAAACUUGUACAGUUACCCAGCAUGGCAGGGAUUGUCUUAACGGCAAUGGUGCUACACGACCAGCUCAUUUCACAAGUUGACAGUGACUCUUUCUAUAAAGUCAUGGCACCAAAAGUUACUGGUGCAUCGAUACUUCAUGAAAUGAGUUUAAAAAUGGACCUGGAUUUUUUUAUUCUGUUUUCGUCGAUUGCGUCUUUGCUUGGUAACCCUGGGCAGGCAUCUUACUCAGCAGCCAAUGCAUUCCUUGACAGCCUCGCAUGUUACAGAAGACGUGUCCUUGGAUUACCAGCUCUUUCAAUCAACUGGGGACCAAUUCAGGGAGCUGGAGUCUUGCAAAGACAAGAAGAUAUUGCAAAAAUGCUUUCCAGGGCUGGAUACAGGAUGACGGAUGCCCAAACAGGUGUGAAGUUCAUGGAAGAAAUCCUUAUCAAAUACCCACUUGUUUGUCAGCUCGGUUUAUUUGAUGCAGACUGGUCACGGCUAAUGGAGACAUCCGUUGCACUUAAAAACUCAGCUCGCUUUACAGCAAUCAAGGAAGAAGUUGACGUACAAAGGACCCAUCAAGAUAUGGACUCUCUCGGUCCAAGGAUAAUAAUGGAGAGCGACCAUAAGAAGAAACAGUCUAUGGUCGAAGAAUAUGUUUAUGAGAUCAUUUCUCAGUGGGUCGGAGUGUCUCCUUCAGAAAUCGACCUUAACACCAGCUUAUACAGCUAUGGAUUGGACUCUUUCUUCGGUCUGACGUUGAAGAUGCAGCUCGAGACAACAUUACAAGUUUCCUUUGAGGCCUUCUACUUCAUGCAACACGACACUACUCCCGCCAAGGUUGUACAAGACGUGCUCACCAAAUUACAAGUUCAGAGUCAAUCAAACUCCAGUCCUUCUAAUAAAGAGGGUUCGAAUACUACGCAAGAAAAUACAGACGCAGUCACUCAUGACGAUGAUGAAACAACGAGUGAAACGUACCCAAAGGACGAGAGCUGUCCGACAGCAACCUAUCAGGUUAUGCCUCUUUUCACGCCUAAAGGAGCGAAGGUCAUGUUUUUCUGUAUUCACCCUGCUGGACGGUAUGCCAUGAACCUUAUACCAAUCUCAGCAGCAUUUAAGACACAGAACCUUAUCUCUUUCUUCGCAAUUGGAUACACCGACCCUACAAUGACCGGUGAUAACAGAAGUGUAAAUGAACUCGCGCGAAGUUAUGUCAAAAUGAUCAAGCAAGUCCAACGUCGUGGUCCUUAUUUUCUGGGAGGCCAGUCCUUUGGAGGACUCGUAGCGUAUGAAAUGGCAAGUAUUCUAAUAGAGGAGGGAGAAGAGAUUUCUUUCGUGGCAAUGAUUGACACAUUUCCAUGGGAAAUGCAGAACCGGUCUGGUGCUGCACGGCUUGAAAUUUUGUUUCGAGGCAGAAAGCUGGAAGAUAUGAUGGAAGACCUUUUCCAGGCAACGUUUGAACAAGUUUUGUCCAAGCUCGCAUCUCAAACACUGAACAUCCCGCCUGAGGAAUACGAGAAACAAAGAAAAAGAAAGACGCAAAACCAGACAAUUGAAUUUCUACAAAACAAAGCAAGGGAACUUGACAUACCUUUGUACGAUAUCAGGCGGUUGAAGGAGGCACUGCAUCAAGAUAAUCAGCUGGCUACUCGAAAACAUCGCGAAUGGAAACCUGGGGCGGUACACUACAAAGGUCCAAUUGCAUUUUUAAAAAGCGCUGAUCAGCGAUACACUCCCAUUAAACCAUUGCAAGAAAGCUCAGACGACGCAUGGUCCUUGCUCGUGGAUGGUAACAUUGAUGUGUACGUGUGUCCUGGUGAUCACUUGGCUCUAAGUGAGCCUGAAGAUGCCCUAGUAACGGGAAGUAUCCUAGCAAACACCAUUGCAGUAACCUAUCGUAACCAGUUUGGACAGAUAUCUUACUUGGCGAGAACCUACAAACAGAAAAAAGCUACUGAAAGAUUUAAGCAUGGAGUCCAAGCUUUUCUGCAUUCUAGAAAAGGAUUCAAAGCUCCAAAAUUUGGUAAAGUGUACCUUUUGGAGCAGAAAAGGACGCUGGUAUUUCAGCCUCUGACAACGAAUGCAAAGAAGGGCAAAAAAACAGAGAAAGAAACUGGGAAAAGGAGUGAAAAAGUCAUUGAAAUAGCAGAGCUCACCAAUGUCCAGCCCGGAAGGUACGUGGCAAAGACAUUGAAAAGCAUCACCCAAGCAAGGGAGGUCAGUGGUCAUCGGACAGGGGAUCUUAACUUGAUCAUUGCCUUGGUUAUGUCUUCACAUCGAGUCUAUAGCUUCGAGUUGCUGAAUUUAGCUGACUUGAAGGACUUCAUCCAGAUGAUGGAAGCCUUGUUGGUUGUGUCAUUGGUGCAAAAGUGACGGGAUUCACUGUCACCUCAUUUAAAUAGCAAGAACUACUUACACGGUAUCUAUCCGUUGUAUUCCUAAGUCGUAAGUCGUCGUAAGCCGUCGUAAGUCGUAAGCCGUCGUAAGUCUGAAGAAUCAUAUUUACUACAGCCUUGUGCAAAAAACUUUGACCCUUUACAUUUGUAACGCAUGUAUUAAACAAGUAUAUCAAAAGUAUAUCAGAAAUUAUGGGAUAUCAUCCCCGGUAAUUUUUUUUCGGGAAGCCCUAAUGAUAGACAACUUAAAAUAUUAGGGAUAUCCCAUAAUUUUAUAACUUGAUGUGUCCACUCAAGGUGUAUUGCGUGAAUAGAACGUUUGCAUGAUGGCGUCAUUUGACUCCCACUACCAUAAUACUUCAUAAUGCUUCGCGAAUUUUAAUUCUCUGCAUUGUUCUUGCCCUUAAACACGGUACUGCUAUGAAAAACCUUUUAGCUUAAGUAGAGGAAGGAGAUUACUGAAUUUUAGCCUGUGAAACCAAGGAGGUUUCACCACCUCCCGGGUAAAACCAAGUGAACAGGAAAAAAUAGUAUUAAGGCUGCAUUCAUAACACAUCCCCCUUAAAGUCAUGCAAAAAAAUACGAUCCUCCCGAAGCAAGGCUUGUAGCUUCUUCCAACAAUUGUGCAUCACCCCCAUUUUUCUGAUAAAAAUUUGCU